AUUAAAUGUGCUUGUUAAGCUUGUUAAGGCUGCACAGAGCCCUUGGCCCCUCUGCUCUUCUCCUCUGUGUCCUCUGUACUAUGGGAACCCGGGCACAGCCCUGGGCUGGGGACAACAGCCAUGUCACACCUGGGAGGGCAGGACGCCCAGCCCAGGGAUGUCAUCAACCCCUCUGCGCUGUGACACACUGUGAUUGCAGCAGCCGGGCAUUGUGUGCUGGCCUGCUGUCAGCUAUAAAAACCCACACCGCUCAUUAAGCUGUCAGAGGAGACAGCAGCUCCUCUCCCCAAGGAAGCAGCCAUCUCCCCUCGGGGACAGUGGGUGUCAACAACGCAAGGUACCCCAGUUCCUCAGGGACCAGAGGGCGAGGCUGAGGAGUGAAUUACUGAGAUUUAUGGAGAAGAAGGUACAAAUUAUUUUGGAACCUACAGUUCUGUAGACAAUUGAGCAACUGAGCUUUGGAAUCAUGGCUAUGAUUUUGGAUGAGGCGGAAGGUGGUUCGGAGAACACUGCGCACAGCGCGGAGCAGCUGGGCACUGCCGACUGGGACAGCUACCUGGAGAAGAGGAACGUUGUCCUGCAGUUCCUGCACUCCAACCUGAGCCUCCGCCACCUCCAGCAGCACCAGAACAAAGUGGAGCUUCUGAAGAAGAGCUGCUUUUACCUGGAGGUCGAGCCCAAACAUGUGAAUGUGAGGGACCAGAAUCAUGUAAUGCUUCGCACUGACAUUUUGCAGCUGGUGGACCCCUGCCAGUUCCAAAGGAUGAAGAAGGUGGCAAAAGACCAGACUGAAAUCCAGCUGACGCUUUUAACUGAGCUGCUGGAACAGCUGAAACGCGGCCGGGAGGAGCUGAACUAUUACUUGAGGAACUACGACAUUAAAACUUUCCUCUCCCAGUGGAACCUGAUUAUGCAGAGACUGACCCAGCUCUUCACAUUUCUGGAAAAUCUCCUUUCCUUGCAAACGCCGGGAAAGCUCUAUGUCAAGCACCAUUUGGUGUCACACGCAAAUCUUAGAGGCACUAGACUCCCCAACAUCAGGCUUUCUAUCUGCACAAAGAUGCCACUGAUUUUUGAUCGGAACGAAUCAUACGCUUACAAGGACUGGGCCAAGCUCAAGUGGUUUACUGAAAAUCAAGAGUCACACCUCGAGCAAUGUGAACUUCACAUUAAAUUGCUGACAAAUGGGAGCCAGAACGAACCGGGAUACGGUAGGAUCCAGCCGGUCACCUCCGACACGUGCACCGUGUCGGGUCUGCAGCCGGGCAGGUCCUAUGAAUUUGCGAUCAGACGAUCCAACACGCACACGUUUGUCUCUGGAAAAUGGUACGACCGCAUUGUCCUGACGACAAAAACUGACGCUGACGAAGACGGGGACGGCAACGCUCGUGCACUGGAAGAAUGAGGUGACACACAAGAACGUUUUUCUCAUUUUAUCCAUUUAAAAAAGAUGAAUGAGAAAAA